GAUUGUGUGGCAUCCAAGAUGAGCGCUGCACAAAGAGACACACGUGUUUAGUGAAUACAUAUUACGAAUGCUGCUCCUGUCCAGUUUGAAUUAUCCAUUCAAACUCAUCAGCUGAUGCAGCUUCUGUUCAUUUAUAAGCUGCAGCACCAGCUAAUGUGUUGGAAACUUCCUCCUUUGCCCCACUGGUUGCCUCCACCACCCAUCACGUCGCGCCCCACCAAAACCCCUUCUUAAGCCCCCUUCCUCUCCCUCAGCUUCCUUCCUUCAAGGUCUCAGCUUUUCCACAGCCGUGCGCCAAACAUGUCGAUCCUUUCAGCUCCCCUGCUCCUUCUCUGUACUCUCCUCUCUCUCCAGUUCCCGAUCCUUGAUGGUUUUCAGUCCAAUCCCCUGGUUCUGCCGCUGACCCACUUCCUCUCCCAUUCCCAAAAUCCCAACUUUACGGUCCUCCACCACCUCAAGUCAUGCGCCCUCCACUCGGCCGCUCGCCACCGCCAUCGCCGCCACCUUCCCGACCGGCGCAAACAAGUAUCCUUGCCUCUGUCCCCCGGCAGCGACUACACGUUCACCGCCUCAGUUGGUGCGCCAUCCGACCCCACCGUCGUCACCCUCUACAUGGACACCGGCAGCGACGUUGUCUGGUUCCCCUGCUCCCCCUUCGAGUGCAUCCUGUGCGAAGGCAAGCCGUCGUACCCCUUCGCAACCCCUCCGCCUCCUCCGCCGCCGGCAUCCCGCCCCGUCACCUGCGGCGGCGCAGCCUGCUCCGCUGCUCACUCCGGCCUCCCUGCCUCCGACCUCUGCGCCGUGGCUGCCUGCUCCCUGGACGACAUCGAGACCUCCUCGUGCUCCGCCCCCUGCCCCCCCUUCUACUACGCUUACGGCGACGGCAGUCUGAUAGCUCGCCUCCGCCGCGGUCCCCUCUCCCUCCCGGGUUCCGCCGUGCCCGCUGCCGCCUCCUCCGCCGCGGCGCUCCACCUCAAAAACUUCACCUUUGCGUGCGCGCACUCCGCGCUGGCGGAGCCAAUCGGAGUCGCGGGCUUCGGCCGCGGCCCGCUCUCCCUCCCUGCCCAGCUCGCGGCCCUCUCCCCGUCCCUGGCUGCCCGCUUCUCCUACUGCCUCGUCUCCCACUCCUUCAAGUCGGACCGCCUCCUCCGGCCGAGCCCCCUCAUACUGGGCCGCACGGAACCCAAGCCAUCCGAACCUGACCAAAACCCACCCUUCGUCUACACUCCUCUCCUCCAUAACCCCAAACACCCUUACUUCUACUCCGUCGGCCUCGAGUCCCUUUCCGUCGGGCCGAGCCGAAUACCGGCUUCGUCCAUUCUGAGGUCCGUGGAUCGAAAGGGGAACGGAGGGAUGGUGGUUGACUCCGGAACCACCUUCACCAUGCUCCCGAGCGAUACCUACACAAACCUGGCAAACGAGUUCGACCGCCAGAUGAGCCGAGCCGGGUUCGAGCGGGCGGCCGAGGCGGAGGACGAAACCGGGCUCCGGCCGUGCUACUACUACGAGGAUCGGAAGCAGUGGCGGCGGAGGGUGCCGGGGCUGGCGCUCCACUUCUCCGGGAACGCGAGUGUGGCGUUGCCCCGCAGGAACUACUUCAUGGGGUUAGAGAGCGGGGGGAGGCGGCUGGGGUGCCUGAUGGUGACGAGCGGCGGCGACGCGUCCGGUGAGGAGGACUACGGCGGGCCGGCGGGCACGCUGGGCAACUUCCAGCAGCAGGGGUUCGAGGUGGUCUACGACCUGCAAGCGAAGCGGGUGGGGUUCGCGCGGCGGCGCUGUGCGGCGCUGUGGGAGGAGAUGUCACGUGCGUGAGGGCGGCCCUCGCUCGCGGCUCGGUGCCUAUGGGUGUUGACCUGGAAUCAGGGAUCGGUAUCCCGCGCACGUGCGGGGUAUGGCGCGUCAUGUCUUUUUGUCCUGUUGUAACAGUUGUCAAGCACUAUACGUGCAGGUGUAGAUAUCUUUCCGCGCUCUAGAAGUCUCUGGAAGGGAUCGCAGGUAAUAAUGUAAAUGAAUGUGAUUUCAACAUCCUGUAAAUGUGUGUAAACAUCGUGACGCAUGUAAUCAAACUCCGAUGCCAUAUGGAUUUUAGUGUCAUGAGCUGGA